AGGGAUCCAUUUGAGAGGAAGAACGAGAGACAGUUAGAGGAGAGCGAUAGUAGAAAUGGCAUCGAGACAGGAGAGAGAAGAAAGAGAAGCAGCAGCAGAAGAGGCGGCAGCACAAAAGGCGUCGUUGGAACUGAGAGAAAGCGCGGCCAUGAAAAGGGACGUGGUGGCCUCGAGAGAGGAAGGCACCGAGCCCGCAAAAUCCACGGAGACGCACAAGCCUGGUGUGCUGGGUGCCAUACAAGAAAGCACCGCCUCCCUCUUAAAGGCGGUGACUGGCAAGGCGCAGGAGGCCUCUGAGAAGGCUCGCGAAACCAAAGACUCGGCUGCCCAAAAAACAAUGGAAACCAAGGACUCGGCAGUGGAGAAGGCCCAGGGUGCUAAAGACACGGCCGCCCAGAAGGCUGGUGAGACUAAGGACUGGGCCAUGGAUAAGGCUCGAGGUGCUAAAGAGUCGGUUGGGGAAAAGGCCGAAGGUAUCAAAGAUUCGGUGAAGGAAACAAAGGAUUCUGCCAUGGAGAAGGGACGAGAGACCAAGGACUCAACAUUGGAGAGAGCGAGAGAGACCAAGGACUCGGCUAUCGAGAAAGCGAGAGAGUUGACUGAGUGGGCUGCUGAGAAAGCGAGAGAGUAUAAGGAGUUGGCCGCUGAGAAAGCGCGAGAGACUAAAGACUCGGCCAUGGAUAAGUCUAGAGGUGCGAAAGAUACAACAGCUGAGAAGGCAAAGGAGACAAAGGAUUCGGCUGUGACUCGAGCUGGAGAGGCAAAUGACUCGGCGGCUGAUGCAACGAGGGGAGCGAUGGAUACGCUGUCUGGCAAGAAAGAGGAGGCCAAGCAGAAGUCCAAUGAGUCUAAGGAUCCUGCAAAGGACGUAUUUGGAGAAACAGAGGAGGCUACUAGGCAGAGGUUGGAAGAUAUGAAGGUUACUGCAGAGGAUGCAGGGGAGCGAGCGAAGCAGAAGGCAGAGGCCAACAAAGAAGCUGGAGCUGAAAGGGGGGAGAGAGCAAAAGGAAUGAUCUUGAGCACCCUAGGCAAUGUAACUGAGAUGAUCAAAGAGGAAUUCACGUGUCCAAAGGAGGCGGCAGAACGCAAGCAAGCAAGCAAGCAGAGAGGAGAAAGGCUACGGAGAUAGAGAAAGGGGCGAAAGAGGAGAGGGCAAGCAAGGGGCGAGAGUGAGGUCCGAGGCGAGGCGAGGCGAGGCGAGGCGAGGCGAUGGCAGCCCGCACCGGAAUAAAAAUAGCCAAGGAUUGAUCAAGCACGGAAAACCUACGAUGAUGUGGACACAGACGAGGUGGCGACAGAAGCUCAUGGAGAGGAACGGAAAGGGGUUUUUGAGGAGCGUAGUGGAUAGAGUGAAGGAGGUGGUAGGGGUAAAUUCCGAAGACGACCAAUCUCCUCGUGGGAAGAUGAUGUUGAUGUGUGCCUAAGUAGUAAGUAACUAAGUAUAUAGUUUGAAAUUCAUUUUCAUGUUGUUUUUUAGGGGGUGGGGGAGUUGGAUAUAUUUUCAUAUUGUUGGUUUUUUUUUUUUUUGGGGUUGGUAGUUUGAGUCAUGGAUCUAUGUUUGUAUCCUCAGUGAAUUGAUUGGAACAGGGAACUUUUAAAUCUUGGCGUC